AUGAGUUCGAUUGUUACCAAGAGAUUUGCCAGUGGCGCAAGCAAGCUUCUUCGUACACCCUUGUAUGACUGUCAUGUUGAAUUGGGAGGGAAAAUGGUAGAUUAUGCUGGGUUCGAAAUGCCGGUUUUGUACAAGGGACAGACUCAUGUUGAGUCUCACAACUGGGUGAGAAGCAAAGUUGGGUUGUUUGAUGUGUCCCACAUGCUUCAGCACAAAUUUAAAGGAGCCCAGCCUCGGGAAUUGUUGCAAAAAAUCACCCCCAUAGAUUUGGCAUAUUUGCCCAUAAACUCUUCGUCGUUGACGGUAUUGUUAAAUAAGAAUGGAGGAGUCAUUGAUGACUGUAUCAUCACCAAACAUGGAGAAAAUGACUACUAUAUGGUGACAAAUGCCGGAUGUCGUACCAAAGACGUCAAGUUCAUCAAAGAAGAGGCUGCGAAUUUUGAUGUAGACCACUCAACAUUUGAGGGCACUUUGUUGGCUAUCCAGGGCCCAGAAGCCGCAGGAUUACUUCAAAAAUUCACCAACGAAGACUUGAGCAAGAUUACUUUCGGUAAUACCAAGUACCUUAAGUUGUCCCUGAUUGGUGCAGAUGUCCAUUUAGCUCGGUCUGGAUACACUGGCGAAGAUGGAUUUGAGCUUCUGAUUCCCUCUUCUACCCCACAGGAAUCCCAAGAGUCGCAAAACUUCUUUAGAUCUCUUAUUGAAGAUUACCCAGAUUUGGUUCGUCCCAUUGGUUUGGCAGCGCGGGACUCGUUGCGGUUGGAAGCUGGUAUGUGUCUUUACGGCCACGAGCUCGCGGAGGAUAUCACCCCGAUUGAAGCCACAUUGACGUGGUUGAUUCCCAAGCUGAGAAGAGACGAGAAAAAUGCCACCUUCAAUGGGGCUUCCAAGAUCUUGAGUCAGAUCAAAGACAAGACUUUGUGCUCCAAAAAGAGAAUUGGUUUGUUGUCGAAAGGUCCCUCGCCUCGUGAUGGAAAUAAGCUUUUCAGUGAAGACGGAAAGGAAAUUGGACACAUUACUUCGGGUUCACCUUCACCUACACUUGGGGGAAAUGUUGCGCAAGCAUAUGCUGACAAGUUGUUAAAGUCAGGUACAAAAGUGUUUUUUGAGCUGAGAGGAAAAAAGAGAGAAGCAAUUGUGGCCAAGAUGCCAUUUGUGGAGAGCAAGUUUUACAGAGGAUAA